GUUGGUGGCAGGUUCCGGUUGCACCCCAGCACUGGCCCCGGCUGGCGCGUCAUGUGCGCCUUCCAUGGGCGGUUGCCGGAGUUGCCGCCGCCGGACCCGUCGCCCGCGGGGCUGCUCCGCUUCCCCGAGGGGGCCGCGCCCCAGGGCUACUUCUUCCCCACCGCCGUGGUCGACGGGGAGCUGCUGCUCGAGCAGCCGCUGGACGCCCUCGCCCGCGGAGUCGCCGCGCGCCUCGAGGUCAUCGUCGGCGGGAACCGGGACGAGGACGCAGACGUGCCGCCCCGCCUCCGCGGCGCGCAGCCGCUCAUGCAGAGUUACGGCACGCGCUUGCCGCCGGGCGAGGGCCGUGCGCAGGUCGUGCAGCGGGCCGCCUGCGAGAUCGCGGGGAUGCCCAAGG